GGAGUAGGGAGAUCAGAUGAUCAAAUGACAGUAUGUGUUUACGAACGCUCGAUAAGUUUGACGGAGAAUGGGGGUUUACCGGUAAACGUGCGUCAUUUUACGCCAUAACGUGGAACGUGGUAGCUUUCGCAAAUGCUAGGACAGGAGUAUCUCUCGAAUAAUUCGCGGAGAAACUCGAGCUCAUACAUUUAUUUAUCUGAAUGUGUUUCGCGGACAUAAACAUAUAUAAAUACGAAAUGUAAGGUCACCUAACAUCACCUCGCGUCCGCGUGAAUGCAUUUGACAGAUCGUGUAAGAUUUGUGAAGAAAAUUUGUAAGGUUUACAGUGCAAAAAAUACGCAUCUCGUUCCGGCAUUGAUCGCAUGAUGAACGAGAAUCUGGAAAAGGUUACCCCGGAGUCAUUUUGUGCGCUCUUAGUUGCCUUUGAAACCAUGAAGGAACGUUGCCAGCGACUACAGACGCGUCUGGCAGUUGUAGAAAAGGAGAACAUACGUCUCAAGUGUGGCAGAGAUGCAGCUUUGAAAACUGAUAACAGCAGCGAGUCUACGCUACAGGAAAAGAUUGAGGAACUUACAAAGCAAAAGUCUCAGUUAUCUGAUCAUGUGUUCAUGGUAGCGGCAGAAAAUCGUCAACUAUGGAACAGAUUAACAAGAUUGACAAAGACUAAUAAAUCUCUAGGUAGUCAGUUGAAUAAAAUCUCUGAUACACUUAAGCAACAUCCCGCUACACAGUCACCUGACAUUACAUCGUACAACUUUUGUGAUGUGUUUAAUUCAGAUAAAUCAGGUGAAAAGGAAAGUUUGGAAGAAAUAUCCCUGCGACUGAUAAAUAGUAUUAUGUUAGAGAAAUCUAAUCUUGAACAACAAUAUGCCGAGAUGGUGGAGUUACAAAAUAACUCAGAAUUAAAUUUACAAAAAAUCGGUUUUACGUAUCCAGAAGAUUCUGAUACAGAUUCAUUGGAACAAUUGAAACAGGUUGAAAUUCGGUUGUCCCAAACUAAAGAUGCCUUACUGGGGCAGCAAACUAGAUUAAAAAGGACCCUGCAGAACCUUAAAAAAAUUAGAAGAGGUACAACAUGUAAUGACUGUCGAGAAAAUGCAAAGAAGAAAAUGUGUCAAAUAGGUACACAAUUUGAUUCCAAUGAUACUUUCAAGGAACAUGGAGCUACUCAAACUAGUCUUAUUACGUCCAGUGUUUCUAUAGAAAAAUAUUCUAAUUUAAACGAUAAUAUAGACGCAGAUACUAAUACAUGUCCAUUAUGUGGUAUUGUUUAUGGAAAAUCCAAAUCAUUUACAGAAUUUCAUGAACAUGUUUUAAGUCAUUUUACUAAGGAAAUACCUACAGACGAAUUUAAGCUUGUACAUUGAUUUUAGUAUCUAAAUCAACAUUAAUUCAUUAGUAGUAAAAAUUCGUCCUUCAGGUUCGUGUAUAAAACAAAAAUUAGACAUGAUAUAAAAUAGGCAAAAUAUACAUACAUGCAAAAAUGUAAUAUAGAAAAUGGUGAAACAAAAGAUAGCUAUUGCAAUAUAGAGAUAUAUUUAUUUUUG